GACACCGAGAAACAACUGAGGAAAGUUGGACACUGGAUUUAGCACGACUCAGUUCACGUACAAAGAGAUUGUUGCAAAAGUUAAAAAGGGAUCAUGAAGGAGGACAAAGAAAAUACGCGUCCUAGAGAAAGGAAAGUGGAAAUAAAUUGUGAUGAAAAUGAAAAACAAGAGAAGCCAAAUAAAGAGAAGAAGGAGGCUAUGACAAAGAUUGUUAUCCGACGUCUCCCUCCCAGUCUAACUAAAGAUGAACUAGUGGAGCAACUUCAGCCUCUUCCUGAAGUCGACUACUUGGAGUUUUUCUCUAGCGACACUAGCCUUUUCCCUCAUCUCUUUGCAAGAGCAUAUCUGAAUUUCAAAAAUCAAGAGGACAUAGUUCUCUUCAGAGACCGCUUUGAUGGCUAUGUCUUUAUUGAUAAUCGAGGUCAGGAAUAUCCAGCCAUUGUUGAGUUUGCACCAUUUCAGAAAGUUGCUAAGAAAAGGAACAAAAAAAAGGAUGCCAAAAGUGGAACAAUUGAUGAUGAUGCUGAUUAUAAUAAAUUUUUGGAGAUCUACAAUGGAGAUGAGGAAAAGUUUCCUUCCAACCCUGAGACUUUGCUUGAGGAAAUAGAGGCCAAGACGAAAGAACUCAGUUCUAAAAAAACAACCCCUCUCUUGGACUUCCUUAAGAAUAAACAGAGAAUAAGAGAGGAGAAGAAAGAAGAGAGAAGACGGCGAGAGCUGGAACGCAAACGUUUACGAGAUGAAGAGCGGCGUAAAUGGAGAGAGGAGGACAGAAGAAAGCGAAAAGAGGCUGAGAAAUUGAAAAAAGGGGAAAAGGGAUCUGAAAAAGAUAAGGACCAAUUUAAAGAACAGCCAAAAAUCAAGCUCCUGAGGAAACCAGAGAAGGCAGAAGAGGGUGAAACUGAGAAGUCAAAAGACAAGCCCAAGAAACAAAGAGAAGAUCGAGCUCCCGGAGGAGCAGACGUGAAAAAACGACAGAAUGGUGAACUCAGAGAGGAAAAGGCGGGCAAAUCAGAGGAUGGUGGGCAUAAAGAUUACAGGGACCGUGACGGAGAGAGAGAAAGGAGACAGAAAGAUAAAGAACGCUUCAAAAGACAGGACGAGGAGCGGAGGAGGAGAAGGGAACGACAUGAUGGAGAAAACACAUACAAAAAGAGAGAAGAUGAAGGGAGAAAAGAAAAGGAGCGCGUUUGGGAAAAGAGAAAGCAUGAGAAUGUCAGAGAGUCAACUGGGCAUGUUAAUCUUGAAAAGCCGUCAAAAGAAAACAGAAAGGAUGACAGUGCCAAAAAGGAUCGUCUGAGAAAUAAGGAUCGACCCGCAAUUCAACUGUACCAGCCUGGGGCGAGGAGCCGUAACAGAGGAGGAGGAGGUGGUAGCGGAGGAGAUGGACAGGAGAGGGCUGAUAAAGAGCCGAAAAAUACGCAAGAGAAAGGGGCGGAGUGAGGAAAUGAUGCUGUUCUAGCAUGGCAUGAUUACUAAAGAGAGGAGGGGCUCUGUUCUGAUCAGGGCAAAGUUACAUCUUUAAAACACGGUGCUGCCAUCAUAAGAAUUUCCCCCACUUUAAAAAAACAACUCUCUCGCAAUGACAUGAGAGCACAUAGCCCUCCAGUGCCUGUAUGAGCCCCCCAAAGUUUCUGUUUAUGAGCAAGGCAAGGAGUAAUUCAGUUCCUGAAUGAUGGGUAGAUUUCAGAAGCGGGGCAUAACAAAGAGAGACGCCAAAGUGAUUGGACCAUGAUAUCUUUAAAGUGACCUUACUUUUGGUACACAGCCAGGCUUUUACUUCACACGCUUUUCUGCUUCAUAGUUUGUAUAAGAGGUCUGAUCAAGCUUGCUUAAAACCUAUCACUGUUCCACUGUAGAAAAUUCAUAUUGCGCCUUACCUAAACCUCUUAAACCGACAGCGCAUCUCACUAAAGACAAUCAGUAACAUUUGUUUUGACUUCUUUUAGCAUGGAUGUAGCUUGUGAAAAGCAAAAACCGUUUCUGUUCAAUGUAACUUAGAAAUUGGUCACUUGGAAAAAAGAGCCAUGCUUUAUGAUGCCAAUGCCUUUACAACUGUUUGUUCUUUUGUGCGAGUUAACUUAAUUAUAUGCAACAACAGAUGUGGCCUUCCUUAAUUUUUGAGCCGAAGCCUAUCAUACCACUCACAAACAAAAAUGCAACUUGAGAUUAGCUUGGUUUGGAUGUGCUGUCACUCAAUUGUAUGUUUCCAUAAAUAAUAUAACACAAACACAGCUUGUUUUCCGUUUGUAGUUGCAACUCUGUUAAAACUGUGACGAAAAAUCCAAAAUUAAUAAAUGAAACUUAUGUGUUACUUCAAGUGUCUUGUUG